AUGGCAUUGGUGCCAACUGAAGCUGCAGAAGUGGAGGUUGCUGCGCCAAAGCGAAGUCAGGUUGAGGUGCAGCGCCAGCAACUCCGGCGCCGUGUAGAUGGCGCGGUGAAGACCAUGAUGGAAGGUUAUAUAGCCACAGUGGACGCCUCCAAGGUUGGAGGGGAGAACGAUCGAGCUGUGAACAGCUACGCGCAGUGCUGCUACAACGCUGCCAUGGCACGUGCAUCCGAAGAGCUGGUGAAAUUGGCCGGCGAGCUCAGUGUUGCCGCUGCAGCUUCAGCAAAACGCCGUAUAGGAGGAUUGCAAGAGGAGCAGCUAAAGCUGGAGGAGAAGGUCCAGAGCCUGCAAGACAACUCCAGUGCGGGGGCCAUGGAAGAGCGGGAGGGCACCGGCCCCGCGCUCUCGCUGGUGCAUCGGCACGUCUUCGGUCUAAAGCCGGAUGUAAAGAACAAUGUCCACUAUGCUGAGGAGACACAGAUCAUCUAUCCUGCUGGGACCAAUGCGAUCCUUUGGCAGGCGGAUCAGAAGCAACAGAAGAUCUUCCAAGGACAUGAAGAUGGGCAGGGUCUUACCUGCAUGGCAGUAAAUAGUACUAAAAGAUAUUUGGCUGUCGCUGAGAAGUGCUACGAGGGGGCAAUCUGCACUAUUUUCGACCUGGUCACGGCUAAGAAGCGGAAGACGCUCUCAUGGCCUGAGUCGGAUGCGCCGGAGUUCCUGUGUGUGGCCUUCUCGGCUGAUAGUAAGUACCUCAUCACGCAGACGGGUAGAUCUCCGAGUGCAAAGCACGACUGGAGUUUGCUCUACUGGGUUUGGGACAAGCAGAGAUGUAUGGCAUCCAUCAAGGUGUCCAACCCGCAGAAUGCUCUCAUCCGCGAGUGCUCCUUUAACCCCACAGACUCCUCCAUUGUGUGCGUAGUCGGUGAUGGCAUUUUGAAGUUCAUGCAGCUCAAGGAUGGCUUCAAGACUCUACCAGUCGCCCCACCUAAGUUGCAGAGUUUCAUGUGUCACGCAUGGCUUCACGAUGAUAAAAUGAUCGUGGGCUGUGACAAUGGAGACCUUCUGCUUUUUGACAACGCAGGUGAGUUUCAAUGCGUGCUCCCAACAAGCCCUGGAGAGCCCAGGGCAGCCACAUGUGUGAUCCCCUGCUCGAAGGGCUUCAUCAUUGGUGGCGACGAUGGGCGCAUUCGUAUCUAUGAGAAGAGCGAUGAGCCAAAGGAGAUUUAUCGCCAAGCCAAGCUGCUCCAAGUCGAGCCCAACUCUGGCGCGGCUGUGAGAUCACUAGCUUUGAGCCCUUCAGAAGAGUUGCUGGGUGUGACGACCUCUUCAGCCCAGCUCUACCAGCUCUCCCUUUUGGGACAAGACUUGAUGAAGGCGGAGGAGACUCCUGCCUUUGAACCUGUGCUUAGCCAUUUCCACACAGGCGCCAUUUUGGGGCUGGAUGUUUGCAUCCGAAAGCCCUUGGUGGUCACUUGUGGCAUCGACAAGUCAGCUCGAGUUUGGAAUUACUUCGAGAAGACCUGUGUGAUGUGCCGGUGGUUCAAUGAGGAGGCCUAUAGCAUUGCGUUUCAUCCUUCUGGCUUUCACUUGAUCAUUGGGCAGUCAGACAAGCUGCGGCUCAUGAACCUCCUCAUGGAGGACAUGAAGACAUACAAGGAUAUUGCCAUCAAACAGUGCAGAGAGUGCCGAUUUAGCAACGGCGGUCAAUACUUUGCAGCGGUCAACACCAACGCCACCAAUGCGAUUCAGGUGUACAAGACCUACACGGGUGAGCCGAUCGACACCCUGAAAGGUCACACCAACAAGGUUCGCUCAGUUGCCUGGACAGCAGAUGACAGUAUGUUGGUUUCGACUGGUGCAGAUGGCGCUGUCUAUGAGUACUUUGUCCAAGCUGAAACUGGCAACCCUGGCCGUGAUGGGCGGCGCAAUGCUCACGACUUUGUGCAAAAAACCAGCUCUUUUAGCUGCGUCAUCGUUCAUGCGGACCAGAGUUCAAACUUCAACACCAUGUAUGUGGUGGGGAAUGACCAGCUGCUGCGAAAGAUUUACAAAGGUGAAUCCAGCGGCACGGUGAAGGCAGGCACCACCUUGGGGCAGAUUGUCCUGGCCAACUCGGGGAAGGGUCUCUUUGCGGCGGUCGCCGAGCCGGAUGCCCCCGGGCGGAUCCGUUGCUACAAAUUCCCGCUGAAUGGUGGUGACAACAGCUGUGAAUGGACAGACUUCUCUGCACAUGCAGCACCAGCCACCCGACUUCGCAUCAGCGCGGAUGACUUUUACCUUUUCUCCACUGCUGAGGAUGGAACUCUCUUCGUCUUUGAUGUUAAGCGGAAAGACCGAAAUAUGUCCAAGCGGGACAAGGAAAGUGCGUUGCCACUCGCUGACGAGAUUCUCGUCACACGAACCUUUUUGGAUGAUAAGCAAGGGCAGCUCAAUGAGUUUGAGCGGCAAGUGGACGAGCUGUCCAACCAGCAGGAGUUCCAACUCAGGCAUCGCGAUAGCUUCCAUAAAGAAGAGAUGGUUGCCAUGGACGAGAAGUACACGGCCGAGAUCGAUGAGGAGCGGCAGAAGUAUGAAGUUCUUCGGGAAGAGAAGAAUGAUGCUGAGAUGGAGGCAGAAGAGAACAUCAAGGGCCUCCUAGAGCAUCAUGCAAAGCAGGACCAAGAUCUUGAGCAAAGCUUUCAGGAGAAGAUGAUGGAAGAGGUGAACAAGUAUCAGAAGCUCGCUGCGGAGCGGGAUGAGAUCCACCGGAAGUGGGGUGAGCAACAUCAGCGUGUCAUUGCAGAGCAUCAAAAGAAAGUCAAUGAGCUGCAAGCCAAAUUCCAGGCAGAGCAGAAAGCGGACAUGGAGGCCAUUGAGCGCAUUUUGAAUGAGAAAGCCUUGGCUGAGAAUGUCCAUGCCGAGACCAUGCGACAACUCGAGCUGGACACUGACCGAGAGAUUGAAGAGCUGAAGGAGGAUAAGGAGACACGCCUCCGGGCAGAACGUGAUGACAAAGUCCGGCUUCGAGGGCAAGCCGGAAUUCACAAGCGCAAUGGUGAGGAGCUGAGCAAGCAAAUGGCGCAAAAGGAAGAUGAACGUCAGCGCUAUCAAGAAGAGGCACGCAAGAAGGACGACAAGAUUGCGCAGCUGAAUAAGGAGCGGGAGCACAAUGCAAAAGAGAUCCGCCAACGCGACAGCACCAUUGGUGACAAGGAAGGAAAGAUCUACGAGCUCAAAAAGCAGAACCAGGAGCUUGAGAAGUUCAAGUUCGUCUUAGAUUACAAGAUCAGGGAGUUGAAGGCACAGAUUGAUCCGAAGAACGACAAGAUCGCAGAGAUGAAAAAGGAGAUUCAAGCAAUGGAUUCAGACUUAGAGGAUUACCAUCGCAAGAACACGCAGCUGCAGGUCAACAUUCAACAGCUGACCAACAAGCACAAGACUCUUCAGGAUGACAUUGUGUCACAGCGGAAAAAGAUGACGGACUGUCAAACGGUCAUCAAGCGCUUCAAGACGGACUUGCAUGAGUGCGUCCAGUUUAUCCAGGAGCCAAGACUUCUGAAAGAAUCCGUGACGGCGCUCUACAAGAAGUAUGUUCCGAAUGGUGUCAAGAAGCAAGAACUUGACACGGACAUCCAGCGUGAGUACAAUCGCCAACGCGACUAUCUGGAGAAGUCUGUGGAUAAUCUGAAGAGGAAGCUCUUGAAAGACUCUGAUGUUCAUCGACAGGAUAACACCCGAGUUCUGCAGGAGAAUGUGCAGCUGAUCAUAGAGAUCAACAACUUGAGAAGAGAAAUCGACUAUUUAAAGCGAGAGAGGCAGCAGCAGAGACUUCACGUCUCAAAAUUAAAGAGCAAUACAACGUCCAAAUCAAGCACAGGCAAGCCAGAUGUGGAUAUUGCUACUCUAAAUCGUGAGGUUGAAAGCAACAGGACCCAGAUCGAUGACUUGCGAAGGAGAGUAGAGGAACAGAUGACUCUUCGACAAAGUGCCCAAAGUGCAGUGGCAGACGCAGCAGAUGUGGCAGAUGCCCAGUGA